UUUUCCUUCCUGGUUCAUAGAAGGUAAAGGCAUGCUUAUAGAUGACAUUGGUAUAUUAAAACAACUUCUGCUGAGUCUCGCAACUUUAGUAAUUUAAACUGGAAAUAAAACACAGAAUUCUGUCAGAAAGUGAAGGAUGGCUUUUGCCUGUGUGCGACCUUGCUCUCAGCAGGUGAGCUCAGGCCUUCGGGCGAGUGCUUAUGCCACCCUCAGCAAAGCGUCCAGACCCCAGGAGAAGAGCAGCAAUGGUCCAGUGUUCCAGUAUGUCGGCCAGCACAGAAAGCCCACCCACAAAGUGUUUGUGUGGGGCUUUAGCUUCACCGGGGCGCUGGGGAUCCCAAGCUUUGUGGUGCCAGACAGCGGGAGGAAAAAGCCCCGCAAAUACCAGAACACUCCUUACCGGCUGGAGACGGCAGAGCAGAUCUCCUCUGCGGCCUGUGGUUACGGCUUCACUCUUAUUGCAUCCUCUACCAAAGACUUGUGUAAACUCUGGGGCAUGGGGCUGAACAAGGACUCUCAGCUGGGCUUCCAGCGAACACAACACGACCGCCAUAGUAGCUAUGAUUACGUUUUGGAGCCGUCCCCCGUGGCUCUGCCCCUCACAGAGCCUCUACAGACGAAGGUGGUUCAGGUGGCCUGUGGCCGGGCUCACUCCCUGGUCCUCACUGACCAGGAGGGAGUUUUUAGCAUGGGCAACAACGCGUAUGGCCAGUGUGGACGGCGGAUAGUUGAGAAUGAAGUCUACAGUGGCAGCCACAUCAUUCAUAAGGUGGAGGGCUUCAGCAGCAGGGUCGUCCAGGUGGCGUGUGGCCAGGACCACAGCCUGUUCCUGACCGAGGCGGGGGCGGUGUUUGCCUGUGGGUGGGGCGCAGACGGGCAGACAGGUCUGGGGCACCACAACAUCAGCUCCAGCCCUGUGGAGGUGGGAGGCGACCUGUGUGGAGUGGAGGUGCAGCAGAUCAGCACGUACGGGGACUGCAGCCUGGCUGUGUCCAGAGACGGCCGGCUGUUCGGCUGGGGGAACUCUGAGUACCGGCAGAUGGCCUCAGUCACUGAGGCCUCACAGAUCAACUCUCCCCGUCACCUUCCUCUGGAGGGCUGUGGAAAGGUGGUCCAAGCAUCCUGCGGAGGAACUCAAGUGGCCAUUCUCAACGAAAAAGGAGAAGUGUUUGUUUGGGGCUACGGCAUUUUGGGAAAAGGACCCAACCUCUCAGAAUCUUCAACCCCAGAGAAGAUUCCCUCGACACUGUUCGGGCGCUCGGAGUUCAGCCCGUCUGUGUCUGUGGCCCAGAUCAGGUGUGGCCUCAGCCACUUUGCUGCCAUCACAGAUGGAGGCGAGCUCUUUGUGUGGGGGAAGAAUGUGCGGGGCUGUCUGGGAAUAGGGAAGAAAGAGGACCAGUACUUCCCAUGGCGAGUGACGGUGCCGGGUCAGGUGCUGGACGUGGCGUGUGGGGUGGACCACAUGGUGGCGCUAGUCAGGUCCCUCCUGUGAGCUCAGGCUUCUGUGGAGUGGAGGGAGGCUGGGUGUUUGCCCCAGCCCUCCCACUGACCUGGAACCCUCGGGGAGCUGAUAGGAGCGGGUCUGGAGUCCCAGCCAGCUGCUCUCCACAGGCCUCCGGCUGGGGGGGGGGGGCAGAGAGCAGGGUCUGCUCCUCUGCAUGAAGCUGGGGCUGGAAACGGAUCUGAAACGACUCAACUUCAUUACUUUCUCACCAUUUUUCAAAGUGAAUGGGGAGGAACUGUAACUUGUAAUCUAUUUGUUUCUCUCUAUUAGCAUCACCAUAAAGUCUUUGGCUUUAUUUUUAUUUUUUUUACUGAACUACAUCCUUGACUUGAUGAGCAGUAAACUACAAUUUGAAUGAGUUUUUCAUAUUUGUUAGCAGGUGGCAGCAGCUGGCUGGCUGGCAGGGGGGGGGGGGGUCAUCUGCUUUAAGCCCUGGAUGCUGUAAAGUGUUUGUAAAACACUAACACUCCAAAAAAGAGGUGACAGCAAAAACAAUACAUGAGGAUAAUGUGUAUGCUGUGUGCAGAUGGAGGUGUGAGCUAGCAGAGAAAACAGGCUCUGAUGAGUCAGUUUAACAGCACAAACCAGUGUGUGAUCAGCAGUGUGUGUGUAGAAUGGGGAGAGCAGCAGAAAGCUACGGAGGACAAGGCAGGACGUUGAUCAUUAAACCUGUCCAGAAGAGGGGGGGGGGGCUGAGGUGCCUGUUAAAGGAAACUCAGCAAAAGACGCUCUGUCCAAGGGAGGGAGCCCUUUUUUAAGUCAUGUCAUCAAAUGCGGUUAACAGGAGUGUAUUGGUUAUUUUGAAUUGUCACUAUUUUAUUUUGUGCAUCUGUGUGUUUUCAACCUUCAGAUUCUGAAAGCCUCUGAGCAGGUGACGCUAAUCCUUUAGUUCCCUUUGUGGGAAUAAGUCCUUGGUUUGGAGUCUGUUUUCCACCUAACGUAUCCCAAAUACUGUAUUUCCAAAGUCAUGAUUUUAUAACAAAUACUCAGGUGGAAUAGUUUUAAAAAAAGAAAUCUGUCACUCUGUCAGUUUCAACUCUAACAUGACUCAUUUAGCUUAACAAGCACUGUGUUUUUCCUCUAAAUUCCCCAUAGGUCUCUGUGUUCAUGUAUAUGGAUGUAAAGAGUCACCCAUGCCAGGGUAGCACCCGCUCAAAUAAAGCUAGUUGUCCCAAAUGA